AUGCUUUCAAUUAACCCUUCGCUGAAUGUGCCCUCGCUGAACCAGCACAUGCUCCAAAAGCCUGUGCCAACUUUUGGUAACACUGAGGAUGAAUCCGAUGACAACUUGCUUCUAGAAAAUGAAUUUGGCGAUCUCAUAGCUGAGCUCAAGGCCCUCUUGGGCAAGACUAAAGGCCUCGCGCUGAAGGAUAUCGAUGUCAAGAAGGUCCAGGAUAUCAUGGCCAAGUACGAGUCAAAGGAGGCUCACUGGGGCAAAUUUGCAUUGAGCGAUGCUACAAAGGGAUACACAAGAAACGGCAUCGUGAAUAUCAACGGGAACGCCAAUUUGCUCAUAUUGGUGUGGCUGCCAGGCAAGGGUUCUGCCAUUCACGACCAUGCCAACGCUCACUGCUGUAUGAAGAUUCUCAAAGGUGAGCUCACUGAGCUGCUCUAUGAUGUGCCUGAGCACGAGGGCCACCCAAUGGUGCCCAGACAAGUGUCUACGUUGAAGAGGAAUGAGGUUGGCUACAUCCUGGAUGACAUUGGGCUUCACAAGAUCAGCAACGAGACAAGCGACUUUGCGGUGUCGUUGCACCUCUACACGCCUCCAUAUGCUAGCUUGUACGGCUGCUCAAUGUACGAGCUGGGCACGGCGAGAAAGCACCAUGUCGACAUGAGCAGAUACUACAGCUGGCAGGGCCAGUUGGUGAAUGCCAAGGGAGCCCUGGAGUGUUGA